GACACAUCCAGUAUCCGGCAAAAAUUGUCGUCAGACAAACGUCACAAAGUUGGCGUAUCCCCCGAUCUGGAAACCGACGAAAUACAUCUGGCUGGUUUAGAUGGCGAAGCUCGCGUUCGAGGAUCCCGCUUAGAGUUUGAGCAGUGCUCUUGA